AGUGAUAGAUUAGCGGUAUCAUGGCAAGGGCCAUUUAAAGUCUUAAAAAAGAUUUCAGAUGUUGAUUAUCAGAUCCUUUAUAAGGGAAAACCUAAAAUUUAUCACAUCAACAUGUUAAAACCAUACAGACAGCGGGUUGAGAAAGUUCAGAACACAGUGGUAACACCUGUAUCUACCGCAGUGGAUGUGGCAUGCAGAUUAAUUACUGAACCCGAAGAUGACCCCCCUGAAGAACAGAUACAAACACCUACAGUGAGCUCACAAAGCUCAUGGAAACAGAUAAAAAUUUCACAAACAUUACCACCACCAGAGAGAGCUAAAUUAAUUAAUUUACUUGAAGAGUUUUCUGACAUAUUUUCUGAUAUACCAGGCAAAUGCACUGCAAUUAAACACCACAUACGGCUAAACACAAACAAGCCAAUAAAAGUAAAGCAGUAUCCGGUACCAGAACAAUACCGAGAAAAACUAAUUGACGAAAUUAAAAUGCUAGAAAAAUGA